AUGGAGUUCUCACCUUCUUUCCCAGGCUGGUCUUGAACUCCUGGGCUUAAACGAUCCUCCCACCUUGGCCUCCCAAAGGGUUGGGAUUACAGGUGUGAGCCACUGCACCUGGCCUCAACAAAUACUUGUUGAUCUCACAGAAACUGAAUUGCAUGAACAGAUCAUAUUCCAAGACUCCAAGAGACAUUAGGAAAGGAUCCAAACUAACCAGAUGCUAUUUAAAAGUUACAAAAAAAAAUUCCUGUUGAAAGUUUUAAAAAAUACUAAUUGCACAAAAGGACAGGGGAAAUAGUUGACAGUGGUUCACCUAAAAAAAGCACCCUUGACCUUUUUUUUUUUUUUUGAGUGAGGUGGUUGCAGAUUUCUAUGAAAAAGAAGUUAAUUCUUCAGCUCCUUAAUGGAACCCUGGAUCUCCCAGCUAUGCAGGAGGUUAUGCUAGAAGUAGAACAAAGUGGAAUGUACAAAUUUAAGGAAGGUUACUGCCCUGUGUUCUUUUGCAUGGGUCUGUAUCUAGCAUUGGGAGCCACGUUUUGUUGUUGCUUAUUGGAAGAGAUAAGAAUGGUAUAUACACGAGUAACUAAAAAAAAUACGUGGUAAAUGCUAAAAGACAGGUGCAAAGAACACUGAGAUGGAGCUUUCUUGGGUUACACAGCCAGUUUUAAUGUUUCCUAAUAUAGAAGAGCUUUCAACAAACCUCUCAGGCAGGCUGUCUUCAAAUGACAUUACUUCCCCCAAAUACCUAAUUAAUUUAUUUCAGAACGACUCUAAAUGUUAGAGGAUUUUCUGAGCUUAAAUAUACUGCCUUGUAAUUUCUAUUGGUUUUAGUUCUGCACUUUGGAGAAGAGAAUAAGGCUCCGUUAUUUCCAAUAUUAUACUAUUCAGUUAUUUGGAGACAGCUUCCAAUUUCUAUGUUCAACCCUUUCCCUCUUUUUUUUUUUUUUUUUUUGAGAUGGAGUUUCGCUCUUGUCACCCAGGCUGGAGUGCAAUGGCGCUAUCUCGGCUCAAUGCAACCUUCGCCUCCCGGGUUCAAGCGAUUCUCCUGCCUCGGCCUCCUGAGUAGCUAGGAUUACAGGCGACCGCCACCAUGCCCGGCUAAUUUUUUGUAUUUUUAGUAGAGACGGGGGUUUCGCCAUGUUGGGCAGGAUGGUCUCGAACUGCUGACCUCAGGUGAUCCGCCCGCCUUGGCCUCCCAAAGUGCGCUGGGAUUACACGGGUGAGCCACUGCGCCCGGCCUCCCUCGUUUAUAUGCAGGUUAAAAACUCCCUUGAGCCUUCAAUUAUUUCUUUUUCUUUUCUUUUUUUUUGAGGAGUUUCACUCUUGUUGCCCAGGCUGGAAUGGCGCUAUCUCGGCUCACUGCAACCUCCGCCUCCCAGGUUCAAACGAUUCUCCUGAGUAGCUGGGAUUACAGGCAUGCGCCACCACACCCGACUAAUUUUGUAUUUUUAGUAGAAACAGGGUUUCUCCAUAUUGGUCAGACUGGUCUCGAACUCCUGACCUCAGGUGAUCCGCCUGCCUUAGGCCUCCCAAAGUGCUGAGAUUACAGGCGUGAGCCACAGCGGCUGGUGCCUUGAACUAUUUAUUUGACAUAGCUUCAAGCUUCCUUGCUACCCUAGUGCCGCCAUCGCUCCGUUUCCCCUCCCUGCCACCCUUGGGGAGUAAGGGUGAGUACUGGGGAAUGGCAGAGGAAGCGUAGUUUUUCCGAAGAGCUGAAGGCAGCCUGUGAUUAUGACCUUAGCGCUUCCCCUUCUCUGUUUUCUGGUCUCCUAAUACACGUCUGUAAAUAUCACAAGACCCCGCAAGUCCCUCACUUGUUAUCUCUUUAAAUCCGACGACUUUCAACCGUCCGGGCCCCACGACUCUCUCCCCGGACUAGGAUCUACUCUAUGGUAGUGAGCUCAGCCUUUCUAGCUCUCUAGUCCUCCCAUUGCUCCAUCUAUGGUUUCCGGAGGCCUCACCGGAAGCCCUCGUGUGAGGCUGUGUGGGAGGCCGGAAGUUGCGGCUUCAUUACUCGCCAUUUCAAAAUGCUGCCGAGGCCCUAGGACCUGUGACUGCCACCCCUCCCCCCACCCGGGCUCGGCGGGGGAGCGACUCAUGGAGCUGCCGUAAGUUUUACCAACAGACUGCAGUUUCUUCACUGCCAAAAUGACAUCAUUUUCCACCUCUGCCCAGUGUUCAACAUCUGACAGUGCUUGCAGGAUCUCUCCUGGACAAAUCAAUCAGGUACGACCAAAACUGCCACUUUUGAAGAUUUUGCAUGCAGCAGGUGCGCAAGGUGAAAUGUUCACUGUUAAAGAGGUCAUGCACUAUUUAGGUCAGUACAUAAUGGUGAAGCAACUUUAUGAUCAGCAGGAGCAGCAUAUGGUAUAUUGUGGUGGAGAUCUUUUGGGAGAACUACUGGGACGUCAGAGCUUCUCCGUGAAAGACCCAAGCCCUCUCUAUGAUAUGCUAAGAAAGAAUCUUGUCACUUUAGCCACUGCUACUACAGAUGCUGCUCAGACUCUCGCUCUCGCACAGGAUCACAGUAUGGAUAUUCCAAGUCAAGACCAACUGAAGCAAAGUGCAGAGGAAAGUUCCACUUCCAGGAAAAGAACUACAGAAGACGAUAUCCCCACACUGCCUACCUCAGAGCAUAAAUGCAUAAAUUCUAGAGAAGAUGAAGACUUAAUUGAAAAUUUAACCCAAGAUGAGACGUCUAGGCUGGACCUUGGAUUUGAGGAAUGGGAUGUAGCUGGCCUGCCUUGGUGGUUUUUAGGAAACUUGAGAAGCAACUAUACACCUAGAAGUAAUGGCUCAACUGAUUUACAGACAAAUCAGGAUGUGGGUACUGCCAUUGUUUCAGAUACUACAGAUGACUUGUGGUUUUUGAAUGAGUCAGUAUCAGAGCAGUUAGGUGUUGGAAUAAAAGUUGAAGCUGCUGAUACUGAACAAACAAGUGAAGAAGUAGGGAAAGUAAGUGACAAAAAGGUGAUUGAAGUGGGAAAAAAUGAUGACCUGGAGGACUCUAAGUCCUUAAGUGAUGAUACCGAUGUAGAAGUUACCUGUGAGGAUGAGUGGCAAUGUACUGAAUGCAAGAAAUUUAACUCUCCAAGCAAGAGGUACUGUUUUCGUUGUUGGGCCUUGAGGAAGGAUUGGUAUUCAGAUUGUUCAAAGUUAACCCAUUCUCUCUCCACGUCUGAUAUCACUGCCAUACCUGAAAAGGAAAAUGAAGGAAAUGAUGUCCCUGAUUGUCGAAGAACCAUUUCGGCUCCUGUCGUUAGACCUAAAGAUGUGUAUAUAAAGAAAGAAAACUCCAAACUUUUUGAUCCCUGCAACUCGGUGGAAUUCUUGGAUUUGGCUCACAGUUCUGAAAGCCAAGAGACCAUCUCAAGCAUGGGAGAACAGUUAGAUAACCUUUCUGAACAGAGAACAGAUACAGAAAACAUGGAGGAUUGCCAGAAUCUCUUGAAGCCAUGUAGCUUAUGUGAGAAAAGACCACGAGACGGAAACAUUAUUCAUGGGAGGACGGGCCAUCUUGUCACUUGUUUUCACUGUGCCAGAAGACUAAAGAAGGCUGGGGCUUCAUGUCCUAUUUGCAAGAAAGAGAUUCAGCUGGUUAUUAAGGUUUUUAUAGCAUAAUGGUAGUACGAACAUAAAAAUGCAUUUAUUCAGUCCACUUACCACAUUAUUUGAAAAUCAAUCCUUUAUUUAAUUUUAUUUCCAACCUGUCAGAGAAUGUUCUUAGGCAUCAAAAUCCAAGGUAGCUGUAAGAAAAAUACUGGAGCUAACAAUGAAGAACAGAAGUAAUCUGAUUAGUCAAAUUACGAAGUGCCAUGGAUUACUUUAUGCAGCAGUCAGGUACAUAGUUAGGUGAACCCAAAAGAAAAACUCUUGAAAACAAGAGAUUUCUUCCAUGCACGUUUACAAUAUUGAGGUAUAAUUAACAUGAUAAAGUGUUUCCUUCUAACGAGUUGUAGAAAUCUGAGUAACCACCCAAAAAAAGCAAUAGAAUGUUUCUGUCACCCCAAAAUACUCCCUUCUGCCCCUCUUCAGACAGUCCUUCAGCUGUUUCAUGGCUCUCACCCUACAUUAGUUUUUUUUGCACUUUUUUUUCCAGGGGUGUAGGGGAGGUGUGGGGCGACAGGGUCUGUCUUGUUCUGUCUCCCAGGCUGAAGUGCAGUGCAGUGGUAUGAUCAUGGCUCACUGCAGCCUUGGUCUCCUGGGCAUAAGUGGUCUUCCCACUUCAGCCUCCCGAGUAGCUGAGACUAUAGACUAGCAUAACCACAUUGGCUAAUUUUUUGUGGAGAAGAAGUCUCACUAUGUUGCCCAGGCUGGUCUCGAACUCCUGGGCUCAAACAAUCCUCCCACCUCAGCCUUCCAAAGUGCUGGGAUUAUAGUCAUGAGGCACCUAGUCUGGCCCCUUUGCAAGACUUUAAUCUGAAAUCUAAAUUUUUAAAAUUUAAGUACUUACAAAGGAUAUACUAUCCAACAUAUUGCAUAUUAUAUAUGUGCUUUAAAGAUUUUUUUUUUUUUUUUUGAGAGACAGGGUCUCACUUUGUCAUCCAAGCUGGAGUGCAGUGGUGCAAACACGGCUCACCUCCUGGGCUCAAGUGAUCCUCCAGCCUCAGCUUCCCUCACAGGCAUUCACUAUCACUCCCAGCUAAUUAAAAAAAUUUGUAGACAGUGUCUCAUUAUGUUGUCCAGGCUGGUCUCAAACUCCUAGGUUUAGGUGAUUCCCCCGCCUCAGCCUCCCAAAGUGUUGGGCUUACAGCCAUGAGCCACUGUGCUUGGCUUAAAGAUAUUUUUAUGAAAGCCCUGGGGCUAUAGAUUUAGCUGAUUAAAUUUAUAGAAAAAGUCCUGUCAUAAACUGGCAAAGCCUGUUCUUAAUUUAAUUAGCCAAAUCAGACUUAACUUCCGUCAGAACAUGUCUUGGUUUUAAUUCAGAUAAACGCACAAACGUACUUCUCUGGCACAGCCUUCAGAAGGAUCAGUUCUUUUUUUUUUUUUUUUUGUUGAGACAGGGUCUUGCUCUGUUGCCCAGGCUGGAGUGCGCUGGCACAGUCACAGUUCCCUGCAGCCUUGACCUCCCAGAUCCAAGCAAUCCUCCCACCUAAGCCUCCUAAGUAUCUGGGUCUAUAGGCACGUGCCACCACCAUGCCCAGCUGAAUUUUGUAUUUUUUUGUACAGACAGCAUUUUGCCAUGUUGCCCACGCUGGUCCCAAACUCCUAGCCUCAAGCAACCCUCCUGCCUCAGCCUCUCAAAGUGCUAGGAUUGCAGUCCUGAGCUACUGCACCCUACCCUCUUUGCCUCUUAGGAGUCAUCCCUCCUGCCUCAGCCUCUCAAAGUGCUAGGAUUGCAGUCCUGAGCUACUGCACCCUACCCUCUUUGCCUCUUAGGAGUCAUUUAGAUUUGUUUUGAUCCUUUUGUUUAGUGCCUCUGGAGCUGCUUACACCAAGGCAAUACCCCUUGAUAUGAUACUGGAUGGUUGAGAGGCAGCCUCUUUUUUUUUUUUUUUUUUGAGGAUAGGGAGUAUGGCUGUUGUGAGAAAAGGGAAUUAAAGAGAAAUGGUAGAUCUGAAGAGGCCUCAUCAGAGCAUAUAUUUUAGGACAACACAUGGAAAUUGGACCUCUGUAAGUUGGUUUCCAUAGAGCUAUGCAUGUAUCCUUACCCCAUGGGAAAAUGUUGGUGUGUUCUCAAGGGUAUGCAUAUGUCAUUUGGAAGACCAAGGCCCUAGAAUUGUCAAACUUAAGGAUCAUGAAAAUCAUGAGGGUUGCUUGUUAAAAAUGUCCAAACCCGCAGAGACUGAUCUUUGAGAUCUGGACCAGGAAUUUGCAUUUGAACAAGUGUUCCUGGAAUCUCUAUGCAAGUUUUAUACAGAACAUACUUUUGGAAUCCUUGCCCUAGACAGGGGUGUCCAAUCUUUUGGCUUCCCUGAUCCACAAUGGAAGAAGAAUUAUCUUGGACCACACAUAAAAUACACUAACACUAACAAUAGCUGAUGAGCUAAAAAAAAAAAAAAAAAAUCGUGGGCCGGGCGUAGUGGCUUACGCCUGUAAUUCCAGCACUUUGGGAGGCCGAGGCAGGCAGAGCACCUGAGGUAGGGAGUUCUAGACCAGCCUGACCAACAUGGAGGAACCCCAUCUCUACUAAAAAUACAAAAAAUUAGCUGGGCAUGGUGGUGCAUGCCUGUAGUCCCAGCUACUCGGGAGGCUGAGGCAGGAGAAUCACUUGAACCUGGGAGGUGGAGGUUGUGAUGAGCUGAGAUUGUGCCAUUGCACCCCAGCCUGGGCAAUAAUAGCGAAACUGUCUCAGAAAAAAAAAAUCGCAAAAAAAAAAUCUCAUAAUGUUGUUGUUGGUUUUUUUUUUUUUGAGACGGAGUCUCACUCUGUUGCCCAGGCUGGAGUGCAAUGGCAUGAUCUCUGCUCACCGCAACCUCUGCCUCCUGGGUUCAGGUGAUUCUCCUGCCUCAGCCUCCCAAGUAGCUGGGACUACAGUCACAUACCACCAUGCCCGGCUAAUUUUUGUAUUUUUAGUAGAGACAGGGUUUCACUAUGUUGGCCAGGCUGGUCUUGGACUCCUGACCUCAUGAUCCACACACCUUGGCCUCCCAAAGUGCUGGGAUUACAGGCAUGAGCCACCGCACCCAGCCAAGUUAUAAUUUUUAAUAAAACAAGAAGUAAACAUUUUACUUAUGUUUAUAGAUAUUUGAUGCUAAAUUUGACACAUCAUUGCCUAUGAAAGAAUCCUCAUGCUGCUCAGCUUUACUCCUCUUCCUGCUUGCCCACCGGGGUUUUUCACUGCUUCUGUUAGCACUAAGUACUUAGACGAUCCUAAGAUAUGUGCUUGAGCCGAAUUUCAUCUUUACUUGUAGGAAACUUUAAACUAUUUCUUUUCUUUUUUUUUUGAGAUGGAGUUUUGCUCUUGUUUCCCAGGCUGGAGUGCAGUAGAGUGAUCUCGGCUCACUGCAACCUCCGCCUCCGGGGUUCAAAUAAUUCUCCUGCCUCAGCCUCCCAAGUAGCUGGGAUUACAGGUGUGCACCACCAUGUCUGGCUAAUUUUGUAUUUUUAGUAGAGAUGGUUUCACCAUGUUGGUCAGGCUGGUCUCGAACUCCUGACCUCAGGUCAUCCACCCACCUCAGCCUCGCAAAGUGCUGAGAUUACAGGCAUGAGCCACAGUGCCCAGCUUAAACUAUUUUCUUGAUCUGUUUUUGAUUUUCUUUUUUCCUUGCCACUGCGGUACAGAUUUUUUUUACUCACUGCCACUAAACUAAAGCAAGGCAUAGUUUAUAUGUGAAGUGUUCAGAGUUUACUGCUAUAAGGAAACUUCCAAAUACUGACAUUCACCUUUUAGCUGUAGUUAUUGGGACCAUGUGCUCUGGUUUUCUGGAGACUGCCAAAUUGCUCCCAUUUUUCUGCAUCCCACCUGGUUUCUUUCUACCUGUCCCCUUUCACUUUCAAAUGUCUUCAUUUGGAUGUUAAAUUAUGUGGUCACCUAGUUAUAGGUAAGCCUUGUUCGAGUUGAAAUCUUGAUUGUGAGGAAGGAUCUGUGUCAUUGGAGCUCGUUGUUUCUGCUGCAACGUGCUGUAGACUAUGAAUAAUGAAAUCAUACCACAUUACCAUCAGAUUUCUUGUUUUAGUUGUCAUUUAAAUUAAUAUUUAUGAUUGUUAUCUUGGGCAAAAAGUUCAGAGCAGAGAUGACAAAUCAUUAGAACAACGAUGAAUUUCAGUAUUACGGCUAAAAAGUUCUUCUGUCUCAAUAUUAACUCACUCUCCUUGCAGUGUACUUCACAGUAAUUGGUAUGCUUUUUUAUUUAAUGCUUAAAUCAAACUUUAUAAAAAUCUUAGACCAGAUCUUUAGUAUGGUAUGCCAUUUCCCCAGUCUACCAAUGGAAUAGUAUGGGUUUCUAAUCCUAGGCUUGUACAAUGGAUUGGAGUUGAGCCAUGCCAGCCUCCACACUGCCACUAACUUCUGUAAUGUAAGAUUGAGUCACUGACAAGCAUUUGAAAUAUGCAGUUGUGUUUUAAUUAUAAUUUAUGUAUAGUUAGAUGUAUGUAAUGCAUUGUGUGGUAUUAUUUGCUUUGUAAGAAUUUAUUUUUAAGGGUCAAGGUCAUUUGUAACAUUUUGUGUGUGUCAAUUCAAUGCAAUGUUGGCUGCCUUUUGAAGUCUUUGAUGUAUUGGUGAAUAUUCUUCUGUUCUAUAAUACAAAGCUAUGUAAUGUUACCUCUUGACUCGCUUUUGAAAAGAAGACAAUUGUUAACUAGAUAUUUGAGUUUUUUCCCCUCAGAAUUAUGUGAAUUUCUGAUAUAUGGCUUUAGAUACUGUGAAUCUGUUUUCCAUUUAGUCAGUUAUCUGCUUAAAUUGUUCAGAACUAUAUCCUAAGGGGCAAUUUGUUCUGAUGGUUCUCCCACUCAUGAGUGUGCAUGUGUGCAAACAUGUUUUGAUCCUGAUGCUACCUUUACUAAAAAUGGCCAUAGAUUAGGAACUAGCUAUGUUUUUAGAAUCAAAGAUGAACUGGUAAGCUCUCUCAUGUACCAAACGUGAAAUGUACAGUGUUUACAAAUGUCUGGAAUUUUGCACUGCCAUAGGGAAUGUUAAGGUUACUUGGCUGGAAUUUAUCAGACUUGUGAGUAAACAAGUUGAAGUUUAGCAGAUGAGGGGGAAUAUUGAGGCCCCUAAGGCUAAACAAAAUAAUCAGUAUCUGAGAUUGUGGCUAAUGUGGCUCCCCAGGCCUGAUUUGGGAACAGUUUUUCCUGAUUGCUUUGAGAAGUACUUUCUUUUGACAGAAAUUUUCAUUUUGUUUGCCAUUGCUAUAUUCUCCCUUUAUAGGAGCCACUGGAUUUCUUUCCUUUUGUGGGAAAUGUCCCAUUAGCAUUUUCAGAUCUUUUGAUGUGCACUAAUGCCAUUAUUGGUAAUGCCGUUAUUGGUGAAUAUAGCAUAGUUAAAUAAACUGUUACAGUAAAUCUACACUUGGAUUUACUGCACCUCUACCAAUAGCCUUUUGAAUGACUGAAAGUGUUACAGAGAAAGAGGCAUGUCUGUAGAAAGAGGUAGCUAAUAUUUUUUGGUACUUUAUCUGAAAUCCAAGAUGCUGCUUCCCCUGUAGGUUGUUUUCCUUCUUAUGAUCCUCAUUGAAUCCUGUCUGGGAGCACAGGACAGUUAGUAGAACUCUUUUUUUUUUUUUAGACGGAGUCUCUCUCUGUCGCCCAGGCUGAAGUGCAGUGGCGUGAUCUUGGCUCACUGCAACCUCUGCCUCCCGGGUUCACGCCAUUCUCCUGCCUUAGCCUCCCUACUAGCUGGGACUAUAGGCGCCCGCCACCACACCUGGCUAAUUUUUGUAUUUUUAGUGGAGACGGGGUUUCACCGUCUUAGUCAGGAUGGUCUUGAUCUCCUGACCUCGUGAUCUGUGCACCUCAGCCUCCCAAAGUACUGGGAUUACAGGCGUGAGCCACUGCGCCCGGCCAGAACUCUCCAUUUCUUAAGGUAAAGAGGGUCAAGGAUACCUAAAAAGGGUCAAAUAAUGCUAGAAGAGCAAUUCCUCUUUCAGAGCAGUUGCUGUAAUUUGGCAAAUGCUUUAUUGAAGAUUGAUAUUCGGCUAGGGGUGGUGGCUCACGCCUGUAAUCCCAGCACUUUGGGAGCCCGAGGUGGGUGGAUUGCCUGAGCUCAGGAGUUCGAGACCGGUCUGACCAGUAUGGUGAAACCCUGUCUGUACUAAAAAUACAAAAAUUAGCCGGUCGUGGUGGCGUGCACCUGUAGUCCCAGCUACUCGGCAGGUUGAGACAGGAGAAUCGAUUGAACCUGGGAGGCGGAGGUUGCAGUGAGCUGAGACUGCACCACUGCGCUCCCACCUGGGUGACAGAGACUCUGUCUCAAAAAAAAAAAAAAAAAAAAGUUUAUCAUUAUAACAGCUUAUUAGAGCCCCUAAUUUCUUAUCUGAAGGCAUUGUUUUUUUUUAAACAGUUAAGUACUGAUGUCAACAGACAUAUUUCUGAUCAGAUAGUCCCUGUCAACAGUAGCAAAUGUGGUUUCAUAAAGUGGGAAGAAAACAGCAUUUUAAAAUAACUUUUUGGGAGACUGAUUUUAGUAAUAAUAAAACUCUGGUCUCCCUUAAAAAACAAAACCCUUUCUUCCACCUUUACUGUGUCAUUUAUAUCCCCUUAGUUCCAAAGUUAUUAUCUUAUUUCUGGAUAUUGCUUUUAUACCAAAGAUGCUUAUCAGCCCUUGUAACUACAGUAUCUUUAGAUAAGAUUCCUCUUUCCAGUCAGUCCUGGGAAAUGUUUCUGUUGCAGAGUUAGGCGGUAGAUGGGAAGCUAUGAUGGCAGAGCUACUAUCUAAUAAAGUAACAACUCGUAGUUGAGGCUUGCUUUCUGUGUGUGAUGGGGGAUAGGGAGUUAGCUCCCCUGUUGUCUCAGCACCAAGAAAUUGAGGUCAGGCCAGGCGCGGUGGCUCACUCCUGUUAUUCCAGCACUUGGGUGGCCAAAGUGGGCAGAUUGCUUGCGCCCAGGAGCUCGAGACCAGCCUGGGCAACAUGGUGAAACCCUGUCUCUACCAAAAAUACAAAAAAAAGCUGGGCAUGGUGGGUGCACGCUUGUUGUCCCAGCUACUCAGGAGGCUGAGGUGGGAGGAUCGCUUGAGCCUAGGAGAUGGAGGUUGCAGUGAGCUGAGAUGGCACCACUGCAAUCCAAGGUGGGUGACAGAGACCCUGUCUCAGAGAAAUUGAGGUCAGGCUUCCUUCUUACAGAAUUAUUUUUUUCUCUGUAGUUUGCCUCAUUUUUUUCACUUUCUUUUCAAUGAGAAUCGAAGUGUUUCUUUUGGGGUUUUUUUUUCCCCUUUUAAAAUCAACAGGAAAUGUUUCAAAGGAUGGAUGAAAUGCUUCUUGGCUUCCUCAGCACUUGGCAAGGUAGACCUCAUAGCAACCUUUGAAUAUGACUUUCUUUAGUCUCUAGCAAUGCACUAUUAAGUGCCUCUUGGGUAGAGGUAGAAUAAGUAUUGAGUGCCAGUCUUGAUGUCCAUAUGCCUCAGUUUUUCUCAUCUAUAAAAAGCAGUAUACAUACCUACCCUUCUACCUCAUCGUUUGUUGUAGAGAUUAAAUAUGGGAGAGCAAUUCUGAAGCCUAUUUCCUUGAAGAGAUCUAAGAACCUAUUAUGCUCUUGGUGUACCAAGCUCUGGGGUAUAUAUUCAGAAUACUUCAUGUUCUGGAAGCUGAGCACUAGCUCCCCUUUAUUGCCUGCCUGGCAGAGCCUGUUUGAUUACUGCAAGCCCUUUUACCCAUGCUUCUAGUUUAGGUAUUCUUUCUUUGAUAUGAGGCUCUUGACUAGAAAAGAGUUCUUUCUCUAGGUGUUCUGAGAGAAGGUUUGUAAAUUUGGAUAGUACAUUCUAUCCUGAUAAACCCACCUUGCUGUGGUCUUGAUGUACAAAAAAAAAAUUUUUUUUUGAGACAGAGUCUCACUCUGUCGCCCAGGCUGGAAUGCAGUGGCGCAAUCUUGGCUCACUGCAACCUCCGCCUCCUGGGUUCAAGCGAUUCUCCUGCCUCAGCUUCUCAAGUAGCUGGGACUACAGGCGUGCACCACCACACCUGGCUAAUUUUUGUAUUUUUAGUAGAGACAGGAUUUCACCAUGUUGGCCAGGCUGGUCUUGAACUCCUGACCUCAGGCAAUCUGCCCGCCUUGGCCUCCCAAAGUACUGGGAUUACAGGCGCGAGCGACUGCGCCUGGCCCAAAACAUCUCUUUCUACAUACACUUGAGUAGGUGGCAUAAAAUGCACUGCCAAUAUAUAGAAAACAUGCAAUUUUCCAAAUAUUUCCAAUCAGAGAAUCACAAUCAAGAGCAGCAAAUGUGGUUUCAUCAAGUGGGAAGAAAGCGGCAAUUUAAAAUAACUUUUUGGGAGACUGAAUUGAGUAAUAAUAAAACUUCAGUCUUUCGCAAAAAAUAAUAAUAAUAAUAACUUUUUGAAUGUGGCCAGCUCACUAAAUGAGGAAAGAGGAAGGCAUUUUCUGCAUUCUUGCCUAGUUUUCCUUAUAAUCACCACUAAGUUAAUAGCUCUGUCUUUUUGGUGUUUGCACUAUGUAAUGCUUUUAAUACUUUUUAGUUGGGCUUUUUUUGUGUAUUAAAUGCUUUUCCUUUUGC